UUGACCAAAUAGAAUCGUCCAAUUCCUCUAAAACCGGCCACUAGAUUGAUAAAGAAUUUCUCCAAACUCUAUGGAAAUAACCCAAUAGCAUCGGGAGACCAAAGAGAAUGCCAUAUAGAUGUCCACUCCUAUUUCCUCUAAAGCUCUUUCUGUGGGGAACACAAUCAGUCCAGAUUUAGAGUCUGCCCGCUUUUGACCACUCGACCAAUGUCCUCUUAAACCUUAAAAUACAUCUUAAAAUAUUAAUUAAAAUUAGUAAAAGUAAGCAUAACAAUAAAAAGAGUGAGAGCAUCAAGAAUAUAUAAACAGAGUACAGUUCAAAAAUACAAAACCCUAAACCCUAAAUCGAAACUCAAAUUCAUGGGGAAGAUGAAAGGAUGGUUAGGGCAAAUGGGUUUCAACAAAAAUGGUGGAAACAUAAAUUGGUUCCCUGGUCAUAUGGCUUCUGCAACUCAUGCCAUUCGCCGCCGGCUCAAUCUCUCGGAUCUCGUCAUUGAACUCCGUGAUGCCCGUAUACCUUUGUCCUCAGCAAAUGAAGACUUGCAGCCUAUGCUUAGUGAGAAAAGGCGGGUGAUUGCCCUCAAUAAGAAAGAUUUGGCCAACCCCAAUAUCAUGCAUAGGUGGAUGCGAUAUUUCAAUUCAUGUAAACAAGAGUGCCUCCCAAUAAAUGCACACAGUAGAAGUUCUGUGCAGAAGCUUCUCGAUCUUGUGGAGUUUAAAUUGAAGGAAGUUAUUACAAGGGAACCUACUCUUCUUGUCAUGGUGGUUGGUGUUCCUAAUGUCGGAAAAUUAGCUUUAAUCAAUUGCAUCCAUCAAAUUGCAUCAUCUCGUUUUCCGGUGCAGGAGAAGAUGAAGAGGGCUACAGCACCUUUGCCUGGUGUUACUCAAGAUAUUACUGGAUAUAAAAUUGCACAUCAACCUAGCAUAUAUGUGUUGGACACUCCAGGUGUUUUGGUUCCAAGUAUUCCAGAUAUUGAAACAGGGUUAAAGCUGGCUCUAGCAGGGUCCAUUAAAGAUUCAGUAGUUGGUGAAGAUCGAAUUGUUCAAUACCUGUUGGCAGUUCUAAACACUCGAGGAACUCCUCUUCAUUGGAGACACUUGAUCGGUAGGGAACCUGAGGGCCUUCAUCAUGAGCUGGAUGACAAACCUGAAUAUAAUCUCAAGGAUCUUCUACCAAAAAGAAGGAAGCCACCCAACAAAUCUGAUAUCUACUACAUAGAGGAUAUGGUCAAUGAAGUCCAACGCACGCUAUGCACCACGCUCUCAGAGUUCGAUGGUAAUUUGGAAAAUGAAGGCGAGUUGGAGACUUUGAUAGAUCAGCAGUUUGAAGCAUUGCAAACGGCUCUAAAGAUACCUUAUAAGGCAUCGGAGGCUCGCACGACGGUGUCAAAAAAAAUUCUAACUCUAUUUAGAACAGGUAAACUUGGUCCUUUCAUCCUGGAUGAUGUCCCUGAUUCAUCCGAUUCUGCAUCUUGAAACACCAUUUGCAAGGUAUCAGUGUAUAAUAUGAUAAUUUCGUAUGAUAUAUUUUUUUGAAUACUUCAAUCCUUUUCAAUCUAUAAUAUUUGCACUAUUUUCCAUGAAUAUAUUCAUGUCGCUGUUAUUUUUUUUUUGAUAAUAGAGAAACAACUGAGGUAGAGAUUCAUGGUUCAAAAUUCGGUGGACGAUGAGCCUGACCCUCUACCCUUCUCUGCUUAAAGAUCUGACUUUUGUUUACAACAGAGUUCAAACCCAUAAUGUGCUCCUAACACACAUUGACGUUGCACUCUUUACUAAGUAGAAUAAAGCCAUGGGGCGGUUUGCUAUUAUCUUGUCAUGAAGAUGCAACAUCUAAGUCAGAAAGGAUUUCAAUGCUUGGUUUUCCUCUCUUUAAUUGAUCUCGGGAGAUGGGCAUAUGAGUAUCAAUCCUCUCUAUGACAGUCUAUGACAGUGUUGUUUGUUCCAAUAUUUUUUUAGCUGCUAUAGUGAAAUGUGAUUUGCCAUCAAGGUGCAGCCUUAUUUAUACUAGUUCGUGGAAUUAUAUUGAGUAUGUUGUUUUAAAGAAUGUUUACUAAUUGGAAACCUAUCAAUGAUUGUUGUUAGAUACUUCUGAGUCAAUUAGU